CACCUGCAGGGCCUCGCUGCGGCUCCCAGUGACGUGUUUCCGGUGCUGCUUGUGCUGAGAUCAUCUUUGCGGUGGGAAGAGGAUGGUUCUCCUGGAGAGUGAGCAGUUUCUGACUGAGCUGACGCGAUUGUUCCAGAAAUGCCGGACAACUGGAAGUGUAUUCAUUACCCUAAAGAAAUAUGAUGGUCGAACAAGACCUUCCCCUAGUAAAGGUCAUCCAGAAGGCAACGAACCAGCUGAAAAUAAAUGUCUUUUGAGAGCCACUGAUGGAAAGAAGAAAAUUAGCACAGUAGUCAGUUCUAAAGACGUUAACAAAUUCCAAAUGGCUUAUUCAAAUCUACUCCGGGCAAAUAUGGAUGGGCUGAAAAAGAAGGAUAAGAAAAGUAAAACAAAGAAAAGCAAUGCCGCCCAGUGAUUGACUUUGGAUGCUGCUUUGUUUGAAAUAGCCAAGUGCAGUGGGAAAGAGCCCAGCCAUUAUUAUCUGUAUUCCAGCACAGGCCAAUACAUACAGCUGGACGGCUGGAAAUGGUUGCACACACGCACACACGCACACACACGCACACACUGCUCUGCUCCUGUUUUAGAUUUAAUUUAAUUUCAUAAUUGGAAGACCUUUUUUCUUUAUUUGUUGUACAGACUGUGUCCGGUGAGGGCAAGUAUUGUUCUUUUAUUAAAUUGACGCUAAAUUCCA